AUGCACUGUGCGCAGUACAAGUCGGCCCGCUUCGACCUGUUGGACAACAAUCAACCGUCAAAUAGACACUCGAACUUCAUGGAUUUGACUCAUACAUCAGGAUAUGCGUUGGCCGUUCUUUUUCUUCUUCGAGCAAAGCCUGGUGACUUUGCAAGCCAUUUUGGCAUUAAGUGCGCAUCCUUCUCAAAAAUGAACAUUGGGACCAGUCGACGUUCGGCAUGUGGACCCGUCGGACACUCUGAGCACCGGUCAGUGCAGAUCGCCAACAAUCUGCUGGAAAGGACAUGUGCAUUGGUCCUAUUGGUGACCGCACUUGGAGGAGCAUGGAGUGUAGAACAACCUUCUGGAUCUUUGCUCGAAUUUUAUCCUGUGUGGAGGGAGGUCAUUCAACAUAUCUUCAGCUGUGGAUCAACAACUUCUGUCCAAUGCGUGAAGUGGUGGAUGGCUCACUACAGUUCGAAGACGGCGAAACGACAUUACUGUUACAGUAACACGGCAAGUAUCUUGAAGAUCGACAAGGGCAAGUUGCAAGGUUGGAAAUCCAAGCAUCCAGGUAUCAAGACAGCCGAUCGCUAUCGGGAUGGUUCUGGAAAGUUGAGAUACAAAGGGACCGUUCAUCUCCGUGGAACAGAGAACUAUCCAGUGCCCUUUGCCAGGGCAGUGGUUGACUUGGUGGAGGAGAUGAAAGCCACGGCAGAAGGCCAACCUCAGCUCCCACCCAGAGAGUUGUUGCCACCCGCGAUUGAAACCUUUACAACCGCUGGGUGGGAAGAGAGUGAUACCUGGCAGUUUGCGGACUUUAUACCUGUGUACAACUAUUUAAGGCGGUGCAAGCAUUUGGUUGUACCGCGUGAGUGGCAAACGUUAUUGCCAAUCAAACUGCACGAGACCACUGUGGUAUAA